AUGUCCCCAGAGAUCACACAAGGAUUUGACCAAAUCACCGAGAAUGUGACUACCACCACUACGACCACAGUGACUGAAACCCUAACCACCGCUCCUGCCGACUCUGAGGGCAAUGAAGUCAUCACGAAAGACGUAUCAGUCACAGAUACAACCGUAGAAGCAUCUCAGAAAGAUGAAAACAAUGGCGACGACGACGACGAUGAUGAUGAUGAUGAUGAUAUACCCAAACCUCCGAACUGGAAUUAUAGAGGACCUUUAGUUGGUCCCGUCGCCGGGAACAGGAAGGCGAAAGAUGCAGGAGAUAAAAAAAAAGAGGGCGAAAAGGGGAAGGGUGCAGGAAAGAAAGACGAGAAAAAAGAGGACAAAGACAAAGACAAAGACAAAGACAAAGGCAAAGCAAAAGUCAAAACUCAGUAG